UCAAAAAACCCUAUUCUCUCGUAACGCCAUCUCGAAUUCUCGAUUCAUCCAUCGCUUUUCUUGGGUGACGCUGGUCCUAGGGUUUUCUUUUUUUCCCACCAUUCUUCCAAAUAAAAAAUACACCAAUUCUUCCUAUUUGGCUGGCAUUAGCGUCUUACGAAUUCUAGGGUUUUAAGCUUCAGACUUUCGAUGGGCCUUUGUUUGAAUAUUAACCCUUUUUCGAGUUUAGUUAUUUGAUUUUGGGUGUAUGAUACAUGCACAUCUCGUGAAUUUGAAGUGGGAUGAAUAGUGUGUUCAAUGAACAGAUACUUGCAGACAAGCUAUCAAAGCUUAACAGCACUCAACAGUGUAUUGAAACGUUGUCUCAUUGGUGUAUAUUUCACCGAAGCAAAGCAGAACUGAUUGUUACAACAUGGGAGAAACUGUUCCAUAGUUCUGAGGUGGCUCAGAAGGUUCCUCUUCUGUAUCUUGCAAAUGAUAUCCUUCAGAACAGCAAGCGUAAAGGAAAUGAAUUUGUCUCUGAGUUUUGGAAGGUCCUCCCGGGAGCCCUCAAAGAUCUUAUUGAGAAAGGCGAUGAUCAUGGGAAAAAUGUUGUCACACGACUGGUUAAUAUAUGGGAAGAAAGGAAAGUAUUUGGAUCUCGUGCAAAGAACAUCAAAGCUGUGUUGCUAGGAGAAGAAUCACCUCAACCCCUGGAGUUCACUAAGAAACGUUCUCGUUCUGUGAAAAUAGUCAAGAGAGAUUUACGAUCUAUAAGGACGAAACUGACCAUCGGUAGUACAGCGGAGAGAAUUGUCUCAGCUUUUCACUUGGUUGUCAGUGAACACCAUGGUGAAGAUGAAGAGAUGAAUAAAUGCAAAUCUGCUGUUCACCGUGUUAGGAAAAUGGAGAAAGAAAUUGAUUUGGCCUUGACAAAUGCAAAAGAUCCAAAGAGGAAAACUUUGUCCAAAGUACUGGAGGAAGAGGAAUAUCUCUUGAAGCAAUGUAUUGAGAAACUUAAAGUUGUUGAAGCAAAUAGAUUGACUCUUGUGUCUCAGUUGCGCGAUGCAUUGAAUGACCAGGAAUCUGAGUUAGAGAAUGUUCGCACUCAAAUGCAGGUAGCACAAGCACAAUCGGAAGAAGCAGAAAACAUGCGUAAACAGCUAGAUGAUGAAAAUUAUGUGGCAGAUUCAAAACCUUCCACUGCCACGCCACCAUCAGUUGCUGCCGAUGCAAAAGCGGGAUCUAAAAAGUCUGCCGCCGAUAUAGCAGCAGAAGUGGCAGAUCGGCUUGCUGCCUCUACCUCCUCUCAGUAUAUUAUGUCAUCUGUUCUCUCUACAUUUGCAGCCGAAGAAGCCAAAAACGCUGGGCUCACAAAGACCACAACGGUUUCCAAUUCUUUUUCAGCCGUAUCAAAACCAGAACGACCCCUUCCCGUCUCCGAUCACAACGUAUUUAUGACUUCACAAACACUAAAUCUAUCUGCAAACGGCCCUUACCAAACGGUUUUAAUUCCACAACCGACUCUCAUUCCUAACUCUCAAGCUCAAUAUCAUUCACUUUCAAACCCACAUUCCCAGCAAUAUAUGCAACAACCCUCUGGUGGGAUUGUGACCUCAUAUGCUUAUGCUAAUGUGCCGCCGUUGCCUGCAGGCCCGCCCCCGCCUCCACCACCAUCUUAUAUGAUGAGUCCGAUGGUUCCUUUGACUCACCAGCAAAUGCAGAUGAGCCAUCAGGCGGCUUUGCCUCAGCAAGCCCCGACUCCUAGUUUUAGGCCUAUACAGCCAUCUGGAAUGGUGUUUUAUGCUCACCCUCAUCAUUCACAGUGAUGGAUGAAAUUAGUUUGUCACGAUUUUGAUAAUUAUUUGUGGGUUUGUUGAGAAAGUAUAUACGACCGAUGAUAGUGCAGGUGGAAGGUAGUUGUUUCGUAUCUGGCACCCGAUUUGGUUGUUGUCAUAAUACGUUUUCUUCUUUUACUCAGGAUCAGGAUAAUUAUACACUGUACAAUGGUGGUUCAAAGGCAGCUAACAAUUUUGUAUCCAGAUAUUUGAUUGCAU